GUAAUACUGUAGUAUGCCAUGAUAAAAACUUCAUUGAUAUUUCGUUUAGUGGUAAAUGGAAUAAUAGUAAAGUUGAAAGUGUAGGUCUAUCAAAGAGUUUAGACACUAAGCAUCCAUUCUUCCAAGAUCUAUAUAAAGCAUAUGAUGAUUACUUAAAUUCUAAGGCUGCACUAAUAAACAAAAAAUUAGAAUUUUAUAAUUCGAUCAUGUAUACUGUCCUUGAAGAUAACCAAGAUCCAGUUCGGGUGAAGCUUAAAGUCG